AUGACUGCUAUUGCCGAUAGUAAGGGUGAAAGUACUGACUAUGCUUCUCCAUCCCUUGAACGAACUCUCGAAAGUAUGAUCGAUUUCCAGGUUUCAAGGAGCCGCCAACAUUUAAAGUUGCUGAAAUCUGUUGCUGAAGCCUGGAUCCAAAGUGAGGCUGCAAGAAAAGUGCAGGUGACCUAUGAUGAACCUUAUAGGGUGAAAAUUAUCCCAUUUGGAGCCUAUUGCCAAGGAAUUAAUACUAAAGACGACGAUAACGGCGUUUUGCUAGUUGCCCCGAAAUGGAUUUCACAGAAAUCCUUCACUCUUCUCUUUGCCGAGAUGUUAAGAUUCAAGGAACCUGUGGAGUAUGUGUUAUGCUCUAAACGCAGAAAUUUGAUAAGGACAAAAAUUGCAGGAAUUAAGUUUGACAUUUUCCUUGGGAAGUUGCCCAUGAACAAUGUCCCGAGUAAUUUUAAAAUAUCUGAGAGUAUUGAUGCUUCAUUAUUUAUUGAGCUUAUUAAUGAGAAACGUAUUUUUGGCAUGAUAAAUGCGUCUUCCAUGCUUACUAUGGUUUACUCCAAAAAAGUCUUUCAAACGGCGCUUAAAACCAUAAAAAUGUGGGCCAAAGAAUGCGGGAUAUUUUCGAACGUCUUGAGAUAUUUAAACAAUUUCAAUUUGACAAUCAUGACUUGUCGAAUUUGCCAACUCUUUCCUUUGGAGCCGGUUGAGAAAAUUGUCUACCACUUCUUUCGAAUUUAUAGCCAAUGGAAUUGGAGGGAACCAAUCAUAAUGAACUCCUCUGUUCUCUUGCAAACUUCGAAGUUUCCACAUAGGUACCAUGAGGAGGUACCGUCAAAGGUAAAUGUGUAUAUUCGUUUUGGCCACAAGAUUAACCUCCUCUGUCGUAUGAUUAGCGAUUACGGCUACAAGAGGGUGCUAGAUAUUAUAAAACGUGGAUAUCCAUGGUCUUAUCUCUUUGAAAGGAAAACGUUUUUCCACACAUACCCCUACUAUUUCACUAUUACUUUUAAAUGCCCAAAUGAGCAGACUUUUGAUAUGUGGUCUUCGGUGUUUAAAACCUACGUGCGCGAUCGAGUAGCCCUCUACGAGCAAAAAGACGGUGUGGAAUUCGUACAUGUCAAUUGUAUAGCCUUUGAUGAAGCGCUUGAAGAAGAUAGCCAAAGUUGUACGAAAAAGUGGUUCAUUGGAAUUAAAUUCUGCGGGUAUCCAAAUUACUUUGACGAUGUUGUGGAUGAAAUUAUCCAUGACUGCGAAGUAUCCGUUAGAUCAUUCAAGCGGUUAGUGAUUGCUUGCUAUUUUUCUUUAAAAUGA